AAUUCUUCAAAAUAUAAAUCAAAAUGGCUGAUGACGAUAAGUCCGAUCCCAAGAUGAUGACGAUUUCGGUGAAAACACCGAAAGAAAAACAAGAUAUUGAAAUCAACACAGAUACAUCUGUAAAAGAGUUUCGAGAAAUUGUUGCAAAACAAUUCAGUGCACCCUGUGAACAGCUGUGUUUAAUCUUUGCUGGUAAAAUUCUGAAAGAUGCUGACACAUUGGAGCAACAUGGAAUUAAAGAUGGUCUCACAGUUCACCUCGUCAUCAAAUCAGCAAACAGGUCUCAGCAGCAGGCUGCAGAAAUUAGUGGAGCAGCAAGUCCUUCAGCGCCUUCUCCUGUCGGUGUAACGCCUCCAGCUGCACAGCCAAAUGUUGGGGAGACCCCGUUUGGAGUUGGUGGUCUUGGAGGCUUAGCUGGGCUUGGAAACCUGGGGAUGGGCUCAGCCAACUUUAUGGAGAUGCAGCAGAGGAUGCAGAGAGAGAUGAUGAGUAACCCUGAAAUGCUGCGUAACAUGAUGGACAACCCAUUCGUCCAACAGCUCAUGUCCAACCCAGAUGUGAUGAGACAAAUGAUUACUACCAACCCACAGAUGAGGGAAUUGAUGGAGAGAAAUCCCGAGAUUACACACAUGUUGAACAACCCAGAUUUGAUGCGACAGACAAUGGAACUGGCACGGAACCCUGCCAUGCUACAGGAAUUAAUGAGAUCACAAGACCGUGCUAUGAGUAAUUUAGAGAGUAUUCCCGGUGGUUUUAAUGCUCUACAGAGGAUGUACCACGACAUUCAGGAGCCAAUGAUGAAUGCAGCACAGGAAGGCUUUGGGAGCAGGAAUCCCUUCGCUUCCCUCGUCCCCGGGGAAUCAUCAGGAGCUAAUGCAGAUGGUCAACAAGGCAGAGAAAACACACAACCAUUGCCAAAUCCUUGGGCACCCCAGUCUCCCAGUGCAACAACUACCGCAUCAGGAACCACAGGCACCUCUAACACCACAACGCCCUCUAGGGGAAUGUUUGAGACACCAGGGAUGCAGAGUCUGAUGCAGCAGAUGACUCAGAACCCACAGUUAAUAGAAAACAUGUUACAGGCACCUUACAUGCAGUCCAUGAUGGAGAGUAUGGCUGCCAACCCAGACAUGGCACAACAGAUGCUGAGUGCCCACCCUAUGUUGGCUGGUAAUCCCCAACUCCAGGAGCAGAUGAGACAACACAUGCCAGCCAUGAUGCAACAGAUGCAGAAUCCCGACAUACAGAGGGUGAUGACCAAUCCACGGGCAUUGGAGGCCAUGAUGCAAGUACAGUCAGGCCUUCAGCAGCUACAAAGUGAGGCUCCUGGCCUCUUCCCUCAAUUGAAUCCUUCAAUGGCUCUUGGUGUACCCACUACCUCUGUAACUCCUGGCACGACUGACUCUCCAGGUACCCCCUCUUCACCCUCAGCGGACUCCACCGCCUCCACCACCGCCUCCACCACUACCACUACGACAGCGACGGGGACCACACCCUCCACGGGGACCACACCCGCAGCCAGCCAAGAACAACUCACCAAUCUCAUGUCACACAUGAUGCAGAUGAUGUCACAAGGCAAUAUUAACCAGCCACCUGAACAGAGAUACGCAUCAGAGCUAGAUCAGUUAGCCAUGAUGGGUUUUGUUGAUCGAGAGGCUAACAUUCGAGCGUUACAAGCUACGUUAGGAGAUGUGAAUGCGGCAGUCGAGAGAUUACUGCAACGAUGAUAGUGACUAAAAAUCGGAAAGAGACUUAAGUGAUUUGUGACAGACACAACAUACCUGGUUACUAACAAAGUGGUACCCGGAAUCACCUUGGAAGGAUGGUGGUCUGACCUCUACUACAGCAGUCCCAGGAAUUACUGUUUAACACUUUCAUUAAAUGGUUGGAAUGGCUGAACAAAAUUCAUACAGAAAUAUCAUGGUUAAACCUUGUUGUGGAAUGGGAACUUUGCAACGAUUGUUUGUAGAUGAAGACCUAAUGUUAUGUUUUAGUCUACGAUUGUUUGUAGAUGAAGACCUAAUGUUAUGUUUUAGUCUACGAUUGUUUGUAGAUGAAGACCUAAUGUUAUGUUUUAGUCUACGAUUGUUUCUAGAUGAAGACCUAAUGUUAUGUUAUAGUCUACGAUUGUUUGUAGAUGAAGACCUAAUGUUAUGUUUUAGUCUACGAUUGUUUGUAGAUGAAGACCUUAUGUUAUGUUUUAGUCUACGAUUGUUUGUAGAUGAAGACCUAAUGUUAUGUUUUAGUCUACGAUUAAUUGUAGAUGAAGACCUUAUGUUAUGUUUUAGUCUACGAUUGUUUCUAGAUGAAGACCUAAUGUUAUGUUAUAGUCUACGAUUGUUUGUAGAUGAAGACCUAAUGUUAUGUUUUAGUCUACGAUUGUUUCUAGAUGAAGACCUAAUGUUAUGUUUUAGUCUACGAUUGUUUCUAGAUGAAGACCUAAUGUUAUGUUAUAGUCUACGAUUGUUUGUAGAUGAAGACCUAAUGUUAUGUUUUAGUCUAUGAUUGUUUGUAGAUGAAGACCUAAUGUUAUAGUUUGUUUGGAAUGAUUCCUUGAUAUAUUAUUCACUCCUAGGUCAGCCAUUGCAACCACUUAUUAAAGUAAAUGAAAGAGGUCUACAUUUUCUACCUUGAAAUAACUUCAUUAUUCAUUGUCUUUUUCUUAGCUACGAGAUUCCGUGUUUUAUGAGAACAACAUUUUAUAGAGUUAGAAAUUCUUUAGCAACAAAAGGUGUUCAAAAACUUCUCUUUUUUUUUCAAAAUUAACUUUCAUUAUUCAUUGAAAAUAUUCAUUUGGAGCCUGGUUAAAAGAAAGCUUUCUAGAUACUCUUUUGUUUCUUAAGUGAUAUCUUUGCAAUCUUUCAGAAAAAAUUUCCAUGGUUAUUAACUCCUUGGUGUGGCAUCUGUCCAUCUUCUUCUCAAUAACCAAGAGGCUCAGGUAGUUGAUAUUAGGCCUGUAGCAUGCUGCAGUGAAGGGCUACCAAGUUUGUUCAAAUAGUUAACCUUGACAUACAUUCAAGGUCACAGAGAUCAAAUAGGCAAAAAUCUUUAAACGAUGAUUUCCCAUAUAGCCUGUAGACUCCAAGACCUGAUAUUAGACCAAUAGUGUGCUGGAAUGAAGGACAUUUAUUAACAUGAAUAAAGCUAGCCUUCUCUGAUAUUUGAAUAAAGUGGUAAUCAUACUGUGCAGAAGUGACCUAAUUCAACUGCAAAGUUGCUGUAGAACUAGGUGAGCGAUACAGGCCCAUUGAGCCUCUUGUUUUAUUAAUAGAGUGAAAUAUUGGUACUAAAAGUUAAACCUCUGAAUACUGUACACAUUUGAAAUCUUUCUUUUUCUUUAAAUUCUUUGCUUUUUUUUUUUUUUUUUUGCAAUUUUAGGUAAAAAGACACCAGUGUACACUGACCGUGUCUUUGCCAUAUUCAUAAAAUAAAUAUUGAAUACCACAAAAUCUAACAAAAAAUAGUUCAGCUGACCACACAGAAACAUAGAAGAUAAGCUCAAUACAAAUACCUGUAAUUGGUGUUACACACGGACUGGUAGUAAAUUACCAACCAUUAAGAUAAUGAGUAGGUCGGUGAAUUGUGAGUAUUCAUGUAUUCCAUCUAUUAUUUAUAUAAUUUGAAAUAUUCUGAACACUUUCGUACCUGGUUUCAAAUAAUUUAGAUUUUUUUUGUUGUAUAAACUUUCAAGGGUACCUCGUAUAUACAAAUAUAAGUUAAAUUUGAUUUGUUUAUUUGUUAUUUUAUACCAGCUUUGGAAACGACUCCCAACAACUAUUGUAUAUAUAUAUCCACAGUAUUUUUAGGUUACCUGCCACCUAUUCUAAUCGCCUUUUGUCCGUCGUCCGUCAUGUGUUGUCCGUCCAUAAAAAAAUAUUUACAUUUUCAACUUCUUCUCCAAAACCGCUUAACCAAAUUCAAUGAUAUUUAGAAGGAAGCUUCUACGGCCAAAGGUCAAACAAAAUUGUGAAUAAUAUAGUCCCCACCCCCAGGGGCCUUAGGUGCAGGGUUAAAAAGGGGGAAAUUGACUAAAAUUUCAAAAACCUUCUUCUCAACUCCCAGGUACUGUAGAUUAAGAAUCAAAUACUCUUCACAGAUAAAAAAGGUCUAAAGGUUCUUUAGCAAAAUUGUGAAUUUUAUGACCUUGAUGUCUUACAUUUGCCCUUGGGAAAGGGGUAAACUUUUCUAUAGUUCAUAUGGGGAAGUCUCUAUUUGGCAAUCAUUUGUUUAAUUUUUAUUGGAAUUAAUUCUAACUUUGUUAAUAUUAUCAGCAUGGGAUGACAGCUUGAUGGCAUUCAAAUGUAGGGCCUGACUGACCCCCAGGACUUAUGGGCGGGGCAAAAAAAGGGUCAAAUUAAAGGAAAUAUUUCAAAACUUGGGUGACCGUUAAGGCCCAUGGGCCUCUUGUUCCUAUUUUACAUUUAUUAGUUUGUUUUUUUAAGAAUAGUGUUUUGCUAAUAUUUCUGAUAUAUUGAUGUGAUCAUUCAUCAGAAAACCUUAUUUUCAACUUAUUAAAACUGAAGACAAUCACAGUUACCUGUGGACAGUCAGGUGUUAUGUGUGAUAACAGUCGGCUGUUAUGUGUGAUAACAGUCAGUGUUAUGUGUGGUAACAGUCGGGUGUUACGUUCGAUAACAGUCGGGUGUUAUGUGUGAUAACAGUCAGUGUUAUGUGUGAUAACAGUCGGGUGUUACGUUCGAUAACAGUCAGGUGUUAUGUGUGAUAACAGUCGGGUGUUACGUUCGAUAACAGUCGGUUGUUAUGUGUGAUAACAGUCAAUGUUAUGUGUGAUAACAGUCGGUUGUUAUGUGUGAUAACAGUCAGUUGUUAUUUGAGAUAACAGUCGGGUGUUACACCUGAUAACAGUCGGUUGUUACGUGUGAUAACAGUCGGUUGUUACGUGUGAUAACGGUCGGUUGUUACGUGUGAUAACAGUCGGGUGUUAUGUGUGAUAACAGUCGGUUGUUACGUAUGAUAACAGUCGGGUGUUAUGUGUGAUAACAGUCGGGUGUUAUGUGUGAUAACAGUCGGUUGUUAUGUGUGAUAACAGUCGGGUGUUAUGUGUGAUAACAGUCGGUUGUUACGUAUGAUAACAGUCGGUUGUUAUGUGUGAUAACAGUCGGUUGUUACGUAUGAUAACAGUCGGGUGUUAUGUGUGAUAACAGUCGGUUGUUACGUGUGAUAACAGUCAGUUGUUACGUGUGAUAACAGUCGGUUGUUACGUGUGAUAACAGUCGAUUGUUACGUGCGAUGAUAACAGUCAGGUGUUACUUGUGAUAAUUAGCAUGUCCUGUUGUGAACACAUGUACUUAAUUUAUAAUCACAAUUUCACUAUAGCCUGGAAAACCACACAGAUGAAAGUACACUACAAACUUGGGUUGUGAUUUUGUCCUCCACAGGCUGGUGUAUAAUUCUGGUAUUCGUAUGAAAUAUAUAUCUCGACUUCUCAAGAUUAGAUUCUAUUGUAUAUUUUUGUCCAAUUUGUAAAUAUCCUGUAAGACAAGUGAUAUCAGGUAGAGGGAGAGGUCUUAUAUAGCACACAAAAGCUUGUUGCUCAAUGCCAAUUUAAUUUGUUUAUUCAAUGAAAUCUGUGUGAAAUGAAAUUUCUCAAAAGGUCCUACCUGUAUUUGAAUCUGGCAUCCUUCUGUAACAAAGAAGAUUGACAAGUUUGUCAUUGGUUUUGGCACAUUUAAUGGACAAUAUAUUAACUGCAGGAAUUGAUGCAGUAAGUGAUUUGUUACAAAAUGAAUCGGACUCUCAUAUUAACACUUCAUGAUAGUGAAUUUAAUUCCAUCAAUUGAAUUUAAAAUUUUAUAAGGGGACAGCUGAUGUAGGAUCUGUUGCCAUAGUUGAUAACACUUAAGGAAUAUGGUGGUGUCACUGUAUCCUAACCAGUGUACCAAUAGAAAUCCAGAUGGAAGCAUUUCUUUGUGCAAGUGCUAUGGUAUCACAUUGCAGAAUGUUUUAGGUUUAAUAUAUUAAAGAAACUUUAAUAGCAUAUUUUGUUCAGAAACCUCUGGAAGUUUUGGUGUUUGGUAAAUAAGAACAGAAUUUAGAAAAAGCCAUUAAUUUUCCUCUUGUGAUGUUACAUUUCUGGGGUAGUGGGUUGUAGUUUUCUCCUGGAGACUUGUUCACACUCUGGAUAAGUCGUCCGGUAUUUUCUCUCAUCCUGUACAUCUUCAGAAAUUCUUUAAGAUCGAUUCAUUCGUUGGAAAAGUGGUGGUGUAUUUUUUUCUAUUUUUAAAAUUAUUUUUUUUAGCUCAAGUUUUUAAUUGUAAUGUAAAUCAGACAGCAUGUAUAUAGAAUUCAGUCACUUUUUGUGUGGAAAAUAAUUUACAUAUUUCCAUACUGCUCCACUCCACAUUUUUGUGCCUGCUACCAGUAGUGACAUUUCAGUUACAGGAACAAUUAUAAUAUAUUAAAGUUGCUAAUUAAAAGAAAUAAAACAUGAUAUCUUCAACCUUUCUCUGCUUUGCAUUUGUGAAUACAAAGUGUAUGUCACAAACUUGCAUGUAUUUUUAAACCCACCAAAAUUUGGCAAAGUAUUAUGGUAUGGCAUUGUCCCACCAUCCAUCAUCUGUAUCUAAGACUAAACUAGGUAGGCAUUCUAAUCAUAGUAAGUAUAUGUCCGUAGUCCUUGGUGGCAUUUUGACAAUUUGAAAAAAAAAAAAAAAAAAAUUACACCCUUUGUUUAGCUUAGCACUUUGACAUUUCCGGAUCUGUCAGUUUCAGACCGAUCUUUAACUUGUAUCGCUUUAUAAUCAUACUAUGUAGUUAUUUUCCAGAGAAACAAUUCCCUUGAACGAUUUUAAAAAGAGUUAUUGCCCUUUGUUGAAACUUCAGGGGUUGGGGAGGGAGUGGAUUUGUUACAAUGACAAUACUGGUUGUAAUAGUUUCUUAGAAGUAUUGAAGUGUUUUGAUUGAACAAUUCUUCUUACAUUUCCAUAUCUUACCAGUUUAAAUUUUGAUUAAAGGAUAAUAAUGUCACUUAUAGUAUUUGGUGAGUCACUAUGGUAUUUUGUGAGUCACUAUGGUAUUUUGUGAGUUACCAUGGUAAUUUUGUGAGUCACUAUGGUAUUUGGUGAGUCACUAUGGUAUUUGAUGAAUUACUAUGGUAUUUUGUGAGUUACCAUGGUAUUUUGUGAGUCACUAUGGUAUUUGGUGAGUCACUAUGGUAUUUGACAAAUUACUAUGGUGUUUGGUAAGUCACUAUGGUAUUUGGUGAGUCACUAUGGUAGUUGAUGAAUUACUAUGGUAUUUGGUGAGUCACUAUGGUAGUUGAUGAAUUACUAUGGUAUUUGACGAAUUACUAUAGUAUUUGGUGAGUCACUAUGGUAUUUGGUGAGUCACUAUGUGGUGGGCACAUACUGUUCUGUCCCAAGGUACUCAUCUUUAUGUUGUGUUAAAUUUGUUUGUAACUGAUACUUGUGUUCAUUUAUAUCUGUUCCUGUAAUACUAGUAGUUCUCUUGAUAAAGUCUUUCUGUUUGGAGUUCACUGAACAGUACAAAGAAAGCAUAUCUCUUGGGUUGGGACUUACUGUGUCCUCUUGGUCAUGUUUUCUCAUUUGAAAUGUGUAGAAUGUGCCAGGUACAAACCAAGGUGUUUCUGUGGUGCAGACUUUUAAGACAUGAUAAGGGUAUGCAGUCAUUUUGAGAAAUUGUAGAGUGUAUGAAGGAUUAAAAGAUGUGCCAUGGAGUUGUUAAUGCCAUGAUUGUGAAUUACUGUGUAGACAUGAUGAUGGCUUUACAAACUGUACAGUAAUCAGGUCAUUUUAUUUUUUAACUACUCCACACGUUUGUUUUCGUAGUGACAAUAUUUUGUAAUCAGUACUGCAGAAAAUAUUAUUUGCUUUUGAAUUAGUGAAGGAAAAAAUCAUGCCGAAUUUUCAUAAAACUAAAUCAAAUUUAUUUUGAAUCAUUUCUCCUCCAAGUGUGAUGGUUUAUUUUUUGAUAUUAUCUGCAUAUCUUAUAGAAAUUGAGUAAGUGUGCCAAUCACUCAACCCCAGGACAUCAUUAAUGAAAGACAGCCAUAUACAAAUUGAUGCGAUAUUUUUAUAUUUGUUUGCUUGAACAUUGUGUUAAGAUUUUCCAUGUUAGACUUGAAAUCCUAAAAUCAGUCAGUGUAGACAGGUCUACUUCAUUUUAAUACCUUGCCUUCUAGUUUUUAAAAUCUUGUUCAGAAUUGAUUUUUCCCCUCAUUCAGUAAAUUAUGUCCGAACCAUAAAGCAUGUCCAGUGUAUGGAGUUAUUAUUGAAAGUGAAGGGAAAGUCAAAUGACUUGACACAUUUCUAUCACAGACUAUUGGUUUGUGUACAGAUUAAUACAGAUUUUUCCGGCUCAAUGACUUUUCUUGUGGCACAUCUCGUACACAGCAUCAGAAAUAAGUUUUAAUGUGGGCCAGUAGGUACAGAAAAACUAAUAUCUACUUUAUCUACAGGGCAUUACCUGUACCUAUCUGACAAUUUAUUCCUGGUAAUGAGUCUACACAUCUGUGCUGCAUUACGAUAUAAAUGCCAACAAGUACUAUAAUUCCAUGUCCUUGUAGUAAUGAGUCCACACAUCUGUGCUGCAUUACGAUAUAAAUGCCAACAAGUACUAUAAUUCCAUGUCCUUGUAGUAAGCCCACCUCCAGCUUUGAGUCAAGGUGUUGGCUCGUUACCAGUACAGUAUGGACAUUACUUUAAGUAAGAUAUAAAACUAUCUCAUUUAAAAGUGCUGCUUUGUGUAAAACAGUUGUUUAUUUUAAAUAUUGAACUUUAAGUAGAAAAUUUAUGAUAUUUUUGUUUGUUUGAAAGCUCAGUGUUAAUCAGUUCAGGUUUCCAGAGAACUUACUGGGAGAUACAGUCUAACUAUAUUCUAUAAGUCAUUUAAUCUUGUGUAUUUAAGAAUCGCCUUGUAAAUCAACCAGUUGACAACUUUCUCUACUUGUUGACUCCGUAAUUUGUCAUCCAUGGUUUUCAUCUUUGUAACCUUGGUCAGCUUAUUCUAGAAAUUCAAUGCAUGUUUUGUUAUACAUGUGACAGUGAUGAUAAAUCAACACAUCGUAAAUA